CACAAAACAAGAAAAGAAAAAGAAAAAGUUUACAAACCUGCUUCACCAGGGAUUGUCGUUGAAACUACGAAUAUCAGGCCUCCUCAUUUUUUCUCUGUCUCCUUUGGUGAAAUGGAGAACCCUGCAGUGACCCACCUGCCCGAAGUCGAUUCGUUACCUGACGGUUUUGUUGACAGCUCUGCAGAGCCGUUAGUAUCGUCACCUGCUACACCGGAGCAAGAAGUCCAGGUUACUGAUUAUAAAGAAGAGAGAUUAGUAGAAAUUGAUUCCAGGCCUGAUUUAGUAGUGGAUGACUUUCAAUCGUGUGAAGGAGAUGAUGGAAGCAGUGACCAAGCAAGAACGUUCCCUGUUGAGCUCUCCGAAUAUGUUGGUGAUUGUGAUGCGCAGAAGUCGGGCGAAACUGAUGCUGGAUCGCCAAGUUUUGUUUCUGAAAAGGUGGAACAGGAAAUGGCUCCUUUAAGUGAUGGGAAGAAGAAUGCCAGAGAAAUGUGUCAAGUUUCAGAAAAAACUACGGACCAAGGAGUGGAAGCGCAAGCGGCCCAUGUUCAAGGAACCAUACCAUCAGAGAGCGUUGGAGCAAGCAGAAAAGAUACAUCUGAAGCUAAGCGGAAAAGUGCCAAGCGUACAUUCAAGUCAGAAAAGGAAUUUUUGGAGUUCACUUUGAGUUAUCAGAAAGUUCUUUCUGAAAGAGAUGCAGCUAUCUCUAUGCGUGAUAAGCUUGAGUCAUUGUGUAGAGAGCUACAACGUCAAAACAAGAUGUUGAUGGAUGAGUGCAAAAGAGUAUCAACAGAAAGUCAAAACUUAAGGCUUGAGCUAUCGAACAAAUUUCAGGAAGCUAUAAAGGACGUCACCAACAAGCUGGAGGAGCAAAGAGAUGAUAGCCUGACACAACUAAAGGAGAAUGAAAUGUUAAGAAACCAGUUGAAGCAAAAGGAAGAUCAAAUUGCUCUUAGUGAGCAACAGUAUGCUCACCAGUUAAAGCAGAAAUCUCUAGAACUCCAAAUUGCAGAUUUGAAGAUUCAGCAACACGAAGAAAACUUUGUCAGGGAACAAUCCCAGAUGAAGAUGUAUGCAGAGCAGGUGUCAUCAUUGCUGGCAACAGAAAAGAAUUUGCGCUUACAAUUAACGGCAGACAGUGAAAAGUUCCAGCAAUUCCAGGACGCAUUAGUGAAGAGCAAUGAGGUUUUUGAAACAUUUAAGCAAGAGAUAGAAAAGAUGUCAAAAUCGAUAAAAGAACUCAAAAAGGAAAAUACUUUUCUGAAGGGCAAGACAGAGAAGUCAGACUUCACUCUCAUACAACUUGUGGAGGAGCGAGAACGCAUGAAGAAGCAACUGGAGAAGACCAAAAAUCAAAAAGAAAAGCUCGAGUCGUUAUGUAGAUCACUUCAAGCAGAGAGGAAGCAAAAUCCAGCAGUGCAAAGCAAUGUGGAUUCUGUCGCUGCUUGAAUAUGACAACACUUAAAAGACUUAAAAAUCAAAUCUGAGGUUUCAUUUUCUCGAUCCAGUUUGUUAUGUUUGAGCAAAGUUUUUUGGCUUGUAGUGAAUGUUCAUGUAAUCAAACAUGCGAUCAAAACCUUCUAGAUGAUUGAGCCCGAGCAUUUUGUAUUAGUAAUGAAUCUUGAAAUGUUGGUGUUA